GCAGUACAUUUAUUUCACGCGAUAUAAGACAACAUUUUUGAGUACACAACUAUUAGUUAUUACAUUGUUUUAAAAUGGGCAAAUUUUUAAUUAAACGACCUUCGACUUCUUGUGAAAGUGCAAGUGUAAAUAAAAAACGUAAAUUGUCGGAAAUUACAAUGGACCAAUCUAUUAAUGAGGAAUUGGAAGAAAAAAAAACUUACAAUUUUGAGAACAAUAAAAAAGAACGUAAAUAUCAAGAUCAGUAUAUACAAUUUGGAUUUACUUUAUUUAUUGAAGAAGAAAUUAAUAAAAUUUCGUGGUCAAUGUGUAAAGCCAUUUGUACAGAUGGCGCAGCAGCACAUACUGGAUCAAAGAAAAGCUUUAGAGCUAAAGUUAACGAAAUUUCACCAAAUAUACUAUUUACUCAUUGUAUGAUUCAUAGGGAAGCUUUAGCAGCUAAAAAACUUGAACCCUUUGUCAAUGAAGUACUACAAAAUACAAUUAGUGUAAUUAAUUUUAUAAAA